AUUAUUUUAAAAAAUGACAUAUGACUUUUAGGGUAUGAGAAGAUUCGGGAAUGUUUCCUGGAGAACGACCCAGCUAUCGUAUCGAAGACCGCAUUUGUAUUAGGAAAAGGUCUUCCUAAAAAUGACAAUGGUAAUUUCGACUUCCCCAGCAAAUCGCUGUAAGUCUUACCAUCGUGAAUGAUUUUCACGAUUCAACAAUUCAGUGAUCUCGUGGUUACUUCGAUUGCAGACGUAUCAUCGGUAAAUUGCAUGUGCUGUGUAACGUUGCUCAAUCAGAAAACUAAGUUCACAGAGUCAACCACGAGCGUACGAAGAAAACGAUUAAGUAGACACUGUAUUUAUCGCCAUUGCAGCGGUCUCGUAUGCGCCCGGAAGUUAGUGAAAAGAAGAAAGAACAGGCAACAUUGCGUUCACCUACGCGUUUCUCAACAGGCUAUUUCUGAUUAUUGGAAAAUGUGCGAUAAAUCGGUGCAUGGUGAAAAUAAUAUUAACGAGACUAAAAUAUAUCAAGAAAAUACAGGCGGGAAGGAAAAAACCAUGAAAAUAACUCACGAAUAUAAAGAAGAAAUAUCGAAGAAGCAUGAUAAAUAUGCGGCGGAAGAAAUUGGAAAGGAUAUAGUAUUAAAAUCAGAAUGUAAAUCUCUGUAUGUUUACCCUAAUAAGCCUUGCAGUGAUUGCAGUAUCUCCCCAUUAUCUCUACAAAUAGCUAAAACUACACACGAAGAGAGCGAAAUUAGAAAAUCGAGUAGUUUCAAACACAUUUGUGAUAGUAAUACGAAAAAGUUUUUAAUGUACAUGCAGGAAGAUACCUCUAGUGCUUUGGAAAGGAAGAGCAGCUCGUGUAGAACUAGUAAAAUUGAUACAUCGCACGAACGUUCAAAGAAAACUUCAAGUGAAAAAUGUUCGCCAAGUGGCACAAGUUUCGGCGAAACCACUAAUACAGAUGACUAUAUGAAUUCAAUUUUGUAUUACGAUAUACAAAAAAAUUGUGCGUCUACUGCUAAGAAAAAAUCAUCAAAAAAUUGUUUGAAGAUUGAAAAAGACAUUGAAUUAAAAUUGACUGCUGAAGCAGAAAUAAAAAAUACAGUGAAAAUUAGUUCACAUCAAGAGUCGGACGUUGAUAGAAUCAAAAGUAACUUUUCGGACAACACGCGGGCGUACUCUUUGAAACAAAAGCAAAAAUAUAAUUCAAAACAUCCUAUAAAUAAAUCGACUACAAAAUUGCAAAAGAAACUUCCAUGUCGUAACAUUGAAAUUAUUUCAGGCAUGCAACAGAAAGAUACUUACCCUGUUUCUUGGUAUAAAAAUACAGUGUAUCAGAGAAAGCUGCCAAAAUGUCCUUGUCAGAGUUGUUAUUGCGAUGCAAAAGCACGUAAUUAUAAUGAUUCCCAAUGGAGUAGCAGUAAAAAACAAUCCUUCUCACAUUUGCAGCCCUAUUCUUCGUUUCAAUCACGAUACAAUACGUUAUCUAUGAAUUUGCAACCGCAAAGGAAUAAUUCUCCAUAUGAAUGUCCAAGGAUGAAGAAAAAAAUUGAUUCAAGGGCCGAUUAUAAAUUUUCACCGUCUCAUGAAACUCGUUCGUCGAAAUUCAAACCACAAUCGAUGCAAUAUAAAGAGAAACCGACUUUGGUUAUCUUCAAAAACAGAAGAUCCAAUAGAUCGAGGAAUUCGACGAAUUCGUUAUAUAGUUCUUCGACCACUUCUACCAGUACUAUUAAGAGACCUGUUCAUGACAAUUUAGUUACGUCUCAGCAUUCAACCUAUAAAUCAUCACGUUAUACGAUGCCUUCGAGUAAUCAAUAUAAGCAUAAUAAGAACAGAACAAAAAUAGAUACUACUUCUCCGUUGUCUUCAUCAUCAAGCUUAUUAUCGUCCAAACAAUUUCAUUCUUGGACAGCAUUACCACGAAACGCUGUUUAUCAUAAACAAGAACCGAUUUCUUCCUCUUCGUGCACAGACAUUCACAGAUGGAGAAGAAGAUACCCGGAAACGAAGAAAAGGACGAGUUCGUAUCUUUCAUCCACUACCUGUUCUUGUUCGUUCUCAUCGUUAUCGACAUUUAGAGAUUAUUGUUUAGAGGAAUCGGAGAAGGAAGCAAGGCAAAUUAAAAAGUCGCGGAGAAAACCAAGAUUUAGUGCACAGAAGAAGAAAUUAAUAUACAGGGAUGAACGUCACGUUAGAUGGAAUAUUAAGAAUAUGUAUUAG